AUGGGAAUAGAUGGACUGUGGCCACUCCUUGAACCUGCCGGGGAGAAAAUGUCGUUGCAGCAUUUGGCCGUAGAGAGCGGAUUCUUGACCCAUCCGGGACCUGGUGGAACACGCAGCCUUCGCAUUGGAAUUGAUGCCCUUGCAUGGAUCUAUCGUGCCAUCUACCGUCAUGGCAGAACCAAGAACCCUGAGCUCGCAACUCUAUUCGCUCGAUGUGCUCGCCUUUUCAAGUUACCAGUACAUCCUCUAUUCGUUUUUGAUGGGCCCGAGAGGCCAAAGAACAAGCGAGGGAAGAAAGUUCGGGGAACCCGGUUGUGGUUAGAGCGGGACUUCAAGACUAUGUUGGAUGGCUUUGGGUUUAUGUGGAUUGAGGCCCCGGGAGAAGCUGAGGCUGAGCUCGCUUCCCUCGCAACCGCUGAUUGUGUGGAUGUUGUGCUCUCGGAAGACUCGGAUUGUUUUGUUUUUGGGGGCCCAGUUAUCAUGCGAUUUGAUCCGAACACGUCUAAUGAUGAGGAGGUCGUCCUCUAUUGUGCAGCCAACGUAGAAGCUCAUCCUGACCUCCACCUCAAGCAUGCAGAUUUUAUCUUCAUUGCUCUGACCGCAGGUGGUGAUUAUAGUAAAGGGAUCCCGAACUGUGGCAUAGAUACAGCAUUCCAACUUGCGAAGACUGGCCUUGGCCGGACACUUCUCGAAGGCAUGAAGCAUUACCAGGGACGCAACUUGCGGGCAUUUCUUUCGUCGUGGCGCCAGUCGUUGAUUCUCGAGGCUGCCACCAACAAAUCCGGCCACCUUCCACACAAGUAUCCACACCUCGCCAGGAGCAUUCCGGCCAACUUCCCAACUGCCGCGUUGCUCAAUCUUUAUGCAAAACCUCUUGUAUCUGACAAAGUUCCUCCCACCCUCUUCAUGAAAGAGCCAGACCCUCCGAUGCUUGCAAGCUUUGCUGAAAAUCACUUUGUUUGGGGAGAUCCUGUUGGAAUCCUCAAGCACUUCUCUGACACUGUUUUCCCUGGGCUUGCCACCCGAUCCCUCAUGGCAGUUGCACGGGUCCAUGACCUUGGGUUCGGUGCUCAGAGUCAGACCCCAAUCUCGCAUGUCAUCGGUUUACGAGGACCCGGUACCUCAGCCAAGUGCCCCCGUCACCAGGAAGUCCGUCUAGCUCUCUGCCUCAGUUCCGAAUACGUCAACCGCAUUGUCAAGGCCCUUGAGAAAUGGAUGAAGGAAGAGCGCGCUAAGGUCAAAGCAUGGGCACCACUUGAGAUGGCCCCGAAAUUCUAUAUGGCUGUUCUAAACUAUGCUGGGGUCCAUCAAGUCCUGUCUGAGCAGGCCCGGAAACAUGAGCAGGAAGACGUCGAAGAUGAUAUUGAGGGCGAGAAGGAGACACUUCCAGAUUUGGCCCCUGAGGACCUUAUUGGAAUUGACAGAGAGUUGGAGACUGUUUCUCAGUGGAGGACCACAGUAACGGGUGCAUCGAAGGGGGUUACCGACAAAACGGAAUCUGAAUACCAACGCUUGAUGAGGCAAUGCGUUGAGUUCUUGAUUUCGCACAAGCUCAUUCAGGAUUCAACCGACUUUUUCUGCCCUAACCCACCAGAAAAUGCACCGCUAUACAUUGUUGCAUGGAUCAUGAACCAGUAG